AUGGCUAUACAAUCGAAACACUUCGUGAACGAUCCUGACAACCUCGUACUCGAGAGCUUGCAUGGGCUUUGUACGCUUGACCCGGCGCUCGCGCUCGACGAGCAGAACAGAGUCGUCUACCAAGCCUCGCAAGACCGAUCCAAAGUCGCGCUGAUCUGUGGCGGAGGCUCCGGCCAUGAGCCCGCGCAUGCCGCGUUCGUCGGUGAUGGCAUGCUCACUGCUGCGGUAUGCGGUAGCGUCUUCGCCUCGCCCGGUUCUGCCCAAGUGCUGAGCGCCAUCGAGCGCACGCACAAUGACGCCGGGACACUCGUCAUCGUGAAGAAUUACACUGGCGACGUUCUCAACUUCGGCCUCGCCAAAGAGCAGUUUGCUGCAGCGCACCCGGACAGGAAGGACAGCGUACGUUUCCUCGUCGUGGGCGACGACGUCGCAGUCGGACGCACGCAGGGCGCCAUCGUCGGCCGCCGCGGUCUCGCAGGUACAGUGCUAGUGUACAAGCUUGCUGGCGCAUACGCAUCGACCGGCGCGUCAAUCAGCGAAGUAUACGACCUUGCAUCGUCUGCUGCGUCGCGUCUCGCUACUGUCGGCGUCGGUCUCGAGCAUACGCAUGUUCCCGGUACUGCUACCUCAUCUGAGUCGCACCUCAAGGACAGCGAAGUUGAGAUCGGCAUGGGCAUCCACAACGAGUCUGGUGCAGCCAGGUUGUCGCCUGUCCCAAGUCUGAAGGACUUGACGAAGAGAUUGCUCGACCUUACUCUGUCGACAUCGAAGGACGACUCUGAACGCGGAUGGCUCGGCGACCAACUACAGGGCUCUGGCAAGGACGAACUCGUACUAGUGGUUAACAACCUCGGCGGCACGAGCGAGCUCGAACUUGGUGCUAUUGUGCACGAGACGACCGCUCAGCUCGCGGCUCGCGGAAUCAAGGUCGAGCGCGCGCUCAAGGGAACAUACAUGACAUCGCUCUCCAUGCCAGGAUACAGUAUCACCCUGCUGCUUCUUGAGCCGAAGACCAAGGAUACAGUCCUCCGCUUGCUCGAUGCCCCCACUGCCGCGCCGGGCUGGCCGUUUAGCUCGCGCGCGCCUGCUUCGACGGACUUCACAUCCGCGCCUACUGCAACUUCUUCAGCUUCCGCUUCAGGAACCUCCAUCCGCGCGCAAGACCCUACAGCUUUCGAUGCGGCCGUCAAGCGCGCCUGCGAAGCGAUCCGUGCCGCUGAGCCCGAACUCACGCGCUAUGACACCGUCGCUGGCGAUGGCGACUGCGGGCUGACGCUCAAAACCGGUGCCGAGGGCGUGCUCGCUCUUCAGCCCUCGAAAGUGACUGGCGAUGACGUACUCGGUAGUUUGCGCGCUAUUGCUGGCGUCGCAGCUGAACGUAUGGGUGGCACGAGCGGUGCUCUGUACUCGAUCUUCUUUUCCGCUCUCGCGCAGGGCGUCGCUUCUUCCCAGGCUAAAGAAGUCACACCUGAUGUCUGGGCGUCAGCCCUCAAAAGCGCACUUGACACGCUGUACACCUACACCCGUGCUCGUCGCCCUUCGCGCACGCUCGUCGAUCCUCUCGCAGCGUUCAUAGAAGCUCUCUCGUCCGGGUUUGAUUGGAACACUGCGGCAAAGGCGGCCUCGAACGCCGCUGAUGACACGAUUAAGCUCAAGGCCAAGGCCGGACGUGCGGCCUAUGUUGGUGGAGAGCUGGAUGUGCCCGAUCCUGGUGCUGUGGGAGUCAAGGUGCUAAUUAGUGCAAUCUUGGGUCAUUGA